CAUUUUGACAAAGAUAUUUAGAAUGCAUAGAUAAGAAUUUAUUAUGAACUCUGCCAUGGCACAAAAUACAACGCAGAAGACAAACACGCAAGAAGGAAAAUUCGGAUCUCUAAAUCUUAUUACUAUUGAAAAUACUGCGGACACCUAGACCAAAAUGGCGGGUGUAUUCGAACUUGAUCUGGACUGCGGAGGUCAAGGGUCAGCAAUGGGGGAGAUUUACGAAUGUGGGGAAGUUCCCCUUCAAGGAAUCGAAGAUCCACAAGAAUUAGAAAAAAUCGAAAUCCAGGACGCUUUAGUUAAUAAAGGAACAGAGAAAAUUGGUCCACACUGUUUCCAGUUACUCAAAGUUUUAGGAAAGGGGGGGUACGGAAAAGUUUUUCAAGUCCGCAAAACUACCUCCCCGGAAAAGAAUAAAAUAUUCGCAAUGAAAGUUUUAAAAAAGGCGACAAUUGUGCGAAAUCAAAAGGACACUGCUCAUACGAAAGCGGAAAGAAAUAUACUCGAAGAUGUAAAGCAUCCAUUUAUAGUGGAUUUAUUUUGCGCUUUUCAAACUGGAGGAAAAUUAUAUUUAAUUUUGGAAUAUUUAAGCGGGGGGGAGCUAUUCAUGCAUCUUGAACGUGAAGGAAUAUUUAUGGAAGACAUGGCCUGUUUCUACCUCGCUGAAAUCACUCUCGCUCUGGGACAUCUUCAUAAAGAAGGAAUUGUCUACCGGGAUUUAAAACCAGAGAAUAUAUUACUGGAUCAAACCGGUCACAUCAAGUUAACAGAUUUUGGUCUCUGUAAGGAAUCUAUCCUAGAAGGCAACAUGACGCACACAUUCUGCGGUACGAUAGAAUACAUGGCUCCAGAAGUUCUGCUGCGAUCAGGACACAACCAAGCCGUUGACUGGUGGAGCCUUGGAGCGUUAAUGUUUGACAUGCUGACAGGGGCUCCACCAUUCACAGCCGAAAACCGCAAGAAAACUAUAGAUAAGGUUCUACAUGGUAAAUUAACAUUACCAAGGUACUUGACUCCAGAGGCGCGAGACUUAUUGAAGAAAUUACUGAAACGCCAUACUGUGUCUCGUCUCGGAGCUGGGCACCAGGACGCUGGGGCAGUACAGGCCCACUCAUUCUUCAGGCAUAUUGAUUGGAAUGAUUUGCUGCUUAAAAAGGUUGAACCCCCUUUUACUCCUCCAAUCAAAAACGAUGAAGAUGUCUCCCAGUUUGACGUGAAAUUUACAAAGCAACCGCCAGUUGACAGCCCCGAUAAUUGUCCGUUAUCUGAGAGCAUGAAUCAGGUAUUCCACGGUUUUACUUACGUUGCACCAUCAGUUCUAGCGAGCCUUCAUGAAGACAAUGAUGAACCUACAUCGAGGGUCAGGUCUCCCAGAAGGUUCUCGGGAGCUCCUUUCAGUCCAAUGAAAGUCGACAACCCUUGGCAGUCUCAGACAAUGAUGGGGGGAGAAUUUUUACCGAUGGAAACGAGUGAGAUGGAUUGUGAUAAUCCUGUUGUUGUGGUUACGACGACAUCAUCAUCAACCAACCGUGUCACUUCUUUCGACGUUUCUCACUCCAAUUUUGGAAACGAGAAAUCACCGCCGAUACCCGUCAGGGUUCCCGGUCCGAAACAUAAAUAAUUUUAUUGAUUUUAUUCUUUUUCUUAAUUUAAUCACCUCCCCAAAUCUGAGCAUGCUCUUGUUCAGAGCCUUGUUAAGAGUGCAAACAUCCCACAAGAUCUGCCAUUAAUCUGUUGUAGUCGAAAUGACUUUUUAUCUUUUAAAAUCGGUUUUGAUUGAUAUACGAAUCUAAAAUAUUAAAUAUAUUUGAAUUAUGCCCUGGAAUCAAUGAUGCAUGACUUGUCAGAAUACUUUCAUGUUUAUUGAAUGGAGCAAAUUCUGCCUGGUCAUGGUUGAUUGAUUUUUCAUUAAAAUAAAGUUGAAUGAUAUAGGGGCUAUAGAAUUGGUCAAGCAUGACUUGUCAGAAUAAUUCCAUGUUUAUUGAAUAGAGCAAAUUCUGCCUGGUCAUGAUUGAUUGAUUUUUUAUCAAAAUAAGGUUGAAUGAUAUAUAUAUAUAUAGCAUAGGUUAUAGAAUUGAUCAAGCACAACUUGUCAGAAUAAUUUCUAUACUCAUUGAGCACUACCGAUUCUGCCAAGAUAUGGUCAAAUGAUUAUUUAUCAGAUUAAUUCAGUUUACCUUGAUUUACUGUCACAAUUAUAAACCUGAAUAUAUAGCCUGCAAUUCUUCUAUCAUUACUCUUUCCACUUUUAGUUGAAAUUCAGAACUUACUUUGAGCAAACUAUGUAUUAAUGAGAAGAAUAGUUAUGCUGCAACUGGCAUACAAACUUCAAUACUGAAAUUUAACUGGUAGUUUAGUAGAGAAAAAUGUGAAUUUUUUUUACCUGCAAAAUCAUUCCCUUAGAGUUUUUGGUUACCCCAGGUUUAAUAAAAUCCUGAUAUAAGCGACUAGGCUCCAGGCCCACCCACAUGUAGUUCCUCGUAACUUACCAAUUAGUUUGACCUGAUUGACAAUAUUUCAGGAAUUCAUAUUGAAGGCUUGUUUUUAUCCAUUUUUCCCAAAAUGGGAACAGCUUGUUAUAUUCUUCACAUAGAAAAGACUAGAUCUGUCGAGUUUGAAAAAUUUUUCAAUCGUCUGGGUUGGUGAAACUUAUAAUCCGACACACAAUUGUAAACAAUAUAUACUCUGUGUUGAAAAAUAAAUUUAUACACACGUAAAAAAAUUCCGACCUGAGCUCGGAACUUCCAGAAAAUCAAAUUUUCAUAAACUUUGUCGUUUCUUGAAUAGAUUGUUAAGAACGUUUAGUAAACUUAAUGCUUCUUGAGUUUCUGUAGAAAAUCUUGAUUUUUUUUUAUCACUAUUGAGUCAAUCGACUCGGACUCCGUAUCCCUGAAAUGUAUAUUAAAUGCCAAAUUUAAUCAGGCAAAUAAUAUUUAUCACCCAUUCAUUUCAUAUCGGCACAAUCCAUUUUGUGGCAUGUUUUAUUGAGUUCAGCUUUGAUUUGUUUAUUUAUUUAAAUAAUCACAGGUUAAAAUCCCAUUCCCAUCACGUGCAUGAGUCGGGUAGGGCUACUCAACUGGCGGACCGCGGUCUGAACUUUUUGAGUAUUCGAUGCAGAUCGUAUUUAUUUUGCAGAAUUGGUUCAGUUAGGUUUGAAUUUGAAGGCUUCUACUGAAUGAUUUUUUUUUGUAGUUCCGGAAGUUUUUUUUUUAUCAUUUGCUCAUAGUUGCACUUGCUAUAUGCAAAAAGAACUGAUACUAUAAUCAACAAUAACCAAUUAUAAUGAGUCGAAGAAUCAUUAGUGUUCGAAUUUAUCACGGCGUCGUAGUAUUCUACUGAAAUAUAUUUCAAGCACACUCAGAAGACCGAACCCCAGUACUUUUUCAGUUUUAUGCGCAGACCUUCUGUAGGAACAGUUGAGUUAGCCCUGGGGUAGGUCAUGCCGAUGGAGAUAUUCUGGUUCCUCUAAAAAUAUAGCAGCCGCUUACAUGUCAUUAAUUGCAUGUGGAGAGCGGCAUUGCUCUGGGUAGGCAAUCCAGUCCCAGGAAGAUUGCGGUUUUCCAAAAAUAGUAACUCAUGUAUCAGAGCCUUGUAUCAUGUGAAAGACAUUGAAUUAACCUCAACAAGCGCUAACCACUAGGCCAUCAUGUACUUUUAUUUAUCCUUAUUUAAAUUAUGUUAUUUAAUACUUUUUGCCAAUGAACGAGCAAGUUUUGACGAGCACGUUCCAAUUUUGUGUUUUUGAAAAGUUGCAAGAUAUUGGAGUAUUUUUUGAAGAUAUGGUCAUGUUUAGCCCAGUGCUUGUUAGAAUUAUGAUUUUCUGGAUUAUCAAGUACUAUGUUUUUUCUCCAAACAGUUAGCCAUUAGAUCUGGCUACCACAAUUUCAACAGCCUUUGACUUUUCAUUCGGUGCCCUUAACUUCGCUCAGUGUUAGUUAGGGCGAGUAACGCACAACCAUAAUUCCAUAUACAUUCAAUAGUACUUGCAUAUAUGUAACUUUGCUCAGGUAUUAAUUUUCUGAGUGGGUGAGAGUAAUUCUAUAUGGUUUCAUCAAUAGUACUUGAAUUUCAGUGGUGCAUCAACUUUACUCAAGGAGUCUCCUUUACUUCUGAGUGAGUGCCCGUAACUUUACUCAGAGGUGAGUCUGCAUUACUUCUGAGUAAGUGUGAACUUACUUUGAGCAAAUUCUAUUAGUAAGUCUGAUUUUAUCUUAAACAUCAUUUUUCAUUAUUGGUUUCAUGUGAGCUUUUGAACAAAAUAUCUUAAGUUUUUUAUCAGGGAUGUGGAGCUAGAAAAACUCCUGGUUGCGAAAAUGUUAUCUUCGAAUUUUGAGGAAAUCAAAUUUUGAUACCAAAAACUGGCGCUUUAAAAGUGUGUGUACCAAUAUGGAGGUAGCCUAACUGAUUUUGUUCGCCUACUUUACAUCAAGUUGUGUAAAGGGACUGAAACCUAUAGGCAGGGGGCUAUCCUGGCUAACACAGAUAGUUCGGACUAGUAAUAGAACUAAAAUAAGGAAAAUCAGAAUAAAAUUACAUCCUAACCCGGUACACAUACUACGGGAGUACCCAAAAACUUUGGCGUAGACAAUUCUUUUCUUCUUUAAAUGUCUGUUUAGCUUAAGUCUGAAAUUUUAUAUUACGUUGAAAGUUUGGCUUAAAAUGAUUGAAUUCCCAUUCUGUCUCCAUAUCCCUGCUUUUUUAGGGUAUUAUUUCCAUAAUUCUCAAGUAAUUUUAAUGAGAAGAAUCCGAAUCCAUGCUCAAAAUAUACCACACCUUAGUCUCCUAGUAUUUAUUGCUCCUAGCUAAGGGAUUAUGACCAUCUCCGAUCGAUCCCAUAUCUGGCAUCACUGUCUCUAGCUACUGACUAUGGAACAAUAUAUAUGCGAUUAUUCUGAGUGUCCCCACUCCAUGCUCUUCGUGGCAGCAAUCAACUCAAUCAGUUGCAUUUUGAACUAUCUAUUCAUUAAGUGCUCUUGCUGUCCAGUUCUGCAUCAAUGAUCUUUUUAUGUAGUUUGAUCACCAUGGAGCGAAAAGAAGUUUUAUUUUGAUCUCUGCUAUCUUGUAUAUUUAUUUAUUAUCAGUAGGUCAUGUACAUUUUUGUGGUUGCCAAGGCAACGAUACUUGUAAUUUAUAAUAAAGGUAAAAUGAUUGUAAUCA